UUCAUUAGGCGUCCCCAGGGCAACAAGCAGUCGCCGCCGAGCGUCGUCCAUUGCCGGAAGCGGAAGUGGCCGAACCCUCCUCUCCGGCCGAUUAAAAACCCGGAAACUAGCCAGGGGAUGGCGGCCGGUCGAAGUUUGAGUCGCUCGGAGCGGAAAGCGGCGGCUCGCGUAGAAUUCCUCCGUCAAGAAGAGCAGCGGGAGCAACGGAGGCAGGUGUCCCGAAUCCUGCGCAAACCGGCGGCCGACCGGAGCGCCGACGAGGCGAUGCUUCUGUCUGGAUGUCAAGAGAUGGUGCGGGAUCUGGAGCGGCUUCGCAAGAAGCGCGAGAGGCUGCGGCGCCGGCUAGAGGAGGUGUGUGAUGAGCCUGACGAAUUGAAGAGAAAAGUCAGCAAGCUAUCUGCUGUUGUCCAAGGAGCUAAACAUCUUAUUGUAUAUACGGGAGCUGGCAUAAGUACGGCAGCUUCAAUUCCUGACUACAGAGGCCCAAAUGGGGUGUGGACAAUGCUGCAAAAAGGGAGAAGUAUCAGGGCGACCGAUCUGAGUGAAGCAGAGCCCACACUCACCCACAUGAGCAUUGCUUGUUUGCACAACAACAAACUGGUAAAGCAUGUAGUGUCUCAGAACUGUGAUGGGCUUCACUUGCGCAGUGGCCUCCCUCGAGAAGCCCUGUCUGAGCUGCAUGGAAACAUGUAUAUAGAGGUUUGCACAUCUUGCACACCCAAUCGUGAAUAUGUACGAAUAUUUGAUGUGACAGAGCGCACAGCCUUGCAUAGGCACCAGACUGGGAGAUUAUGCCAUAAAUGUGGAGCACAGCUGAGAGAUACAAUUGUACACUUUGGAGAGAAGGGUAUUUUACAGCAACCCUUGAACUGGGAGGCAGCAACAGAAGCUGCUAGCAAGGCUGAUGUCAUACUUUGCUUGGGGUCUAGCUUGAAGGUUUUGAAAAAGUAUCCACAUUUAUGGUGCAUGAGUAAACCCCCCAGACACCGCCCUAAACUCUAUAUUGUAAAUCUUCAGUGGACACCAAAGGAUGAUCUCGCAGUUCUAAAACUUCAUGGAAGAUGUGAUGAUGUGAUGAAGUUGUUGAUGGAUGAGUUGGGACUUCCCAUUCCUUCCUAUGAUAGAAUGAAAGACCCCAUCUUUUCUCUGGCUGUUCCUUUGCAACCUGCAGAAGAAAGCAGUCAUAGCCGAAAACCCGUGGCUCCACCAACAAGUCUUCAUGAAGUACAACUGGGAGAGGAACAGCAGAUGCAUCCAGAUCCUCCUUCUGGUGGCUGGUUUGGCAGAGGCUGUGCAAAAGGCACAAAGAGGAAAAAGAACUCUUGAUAACAGAUUUU